UUCUGAAGGCUAGAGGAUGAACCGAGCACUUCGCAUUCGCACUAGACAGCCCGUCUCCUCAACACCAGCGACCCGAUAAUAAGACACUCUGUCCGGGCACAGCGAAAGGGGGUAGCUGCUGGAAAAGAAGCUAUUUCGCCCCAGGCAAACGGAUGUUGAUGAUUGUCUAUUUUUCGUUGUUGUAGAGCUUUGGUGUGAAAAUGGUUUUGCGCUCCGUGUUCCGCGCGGUGAUCAUGGGUCCGCCAGGGUCCGGGAAAGGCACCGUGUCGGACCGAAUAACGAAAAGUUUUGGACUCAAGCAUCUCUCGAGUGGGGAUAUUUUAAGGUCGAACAUCGAGGCUAAAACAGAGCUGGGUCUGCUCCUGAAGGCGUGUAUAGAUCAGGGACAGCUGGUUCCUGAUGAUGUCAUCUCGCGCCUCAUCCUCUCCAACCUCCGAGACAUCCACACCAGCUGGCUACUGGACGGUUUUCCCCGUACGGUAACCCAGGCGGAGGCGUUGGAUGGUCGCUAUAGCGUUGACGUGGUGAUCAACCUGAACGUCCCGUUCGCCACCAUCCAGGACAGACUGACCUCCCGAUGGGUUCACCUGGGCAGCGGACGAGUCUACAACACACACUUUAACCCCCCCGCUGUACAGGGUGUUGAUGACAUCACAGGUGAGGCCCUGACCCAGAGGGACGAUGACAAACCCGACACGGUGGCCAGGAGGCUGAGGGCGUACGAGCACCAGACACAACCUGUACUGGAAUACUACAGGAGUAAAGGGGUGCUGGCGACUUUCACAGGGACGGAGACCAAUAAGAUUUGGCCGCACGUCCUCAGCUUCCUCUCCAGCCGAGUCCCGCCCCCCUGUGACGGACAGGCUGCCAUGGGGAAGGCUUAACUCCGCCCACCCACCCAUCCAGCAUGACUCCUCCCACUCCAGACAACUCUUCACCAUGCUGACAGCGGAACAACGAGGAAAUACUGAAGAGGGGGUGGAGGGAGGGGUCAGCUCCUUCCUGCUCUCUCUCUCUCUCUCUCUCUCGGUUUUUCUUUUCCCCUUUUCAUUUCUUUUCCUCUGUUUCUCUCUUGUUCCCCCUCUUCCUUCUUGGGAGCAUCAGUCUCCAAGGAGACGUGUCUGACAUUCUGUUACACACAUUCAAGUGGUGUGUAGCAACUAUUUACACGCACACACACAGACACAGACACGGACACAGACACACGUACGCACACACAAACACACACACACCCUCCCAGAUUGAGUAAGCAUUCUGGUGGUUUUAAUUUCUCCAAAACCUUUGGGGGGUUCGGGCGGGUCCAACAGCAGCAAUGUGGACCACAGUGAACUACAGUCAACUACAGUCAACUACAGUCAACUGCCUCCUCUGCACCACCAGUGCCUCUCUAGGGCCAAAUACGCAAAGGACAGUGUAGCAUAUAGAGGCCUCAUAUGCACACAAGACAGGCAUUACAAUGUAGGCCCAAGACAGGCCUUACAAUCGGGGCCCAAGACAGGCCUUACAAUAUGGGCCCAAGAUAGGCCUUAUCAUGGGGGGAAAGACAGGCCUUAUAAUGGGGGGCCCCAGUUGUCUGUAAACACACACUCAGCCCAGGUCUUAAAGGAUGGAGCCCAGGUGUCUGUAUGUCUUUAAAGUCAGAGACACAAACAUCUUGAGAAAUGCAGGUCACGAAGGGCCCAAACGUCUUGAGAUAUGCAGGUCUAAAGUUUGGGACCUGAACGUCUUGAGAUAUGCAGGUCUAAAGUUUGGGACCUGAACGUCUUGAGAUAUGCAGGUCUAAAGUUUGGGUCCUGAACGUCUUGAGAUAUGCAGGUUUUAAAGUUAGGGACCAAAACGUUUUUGUUUUUUUUAGAUCUUUAGUUUGUAAAGUUAGGGUCUUAAAGAUAUGGCCCCAGUUCUCCCUAUUCACCAUAGAAUCUUACAGGAGGAGGAAUAGAAUCCUACAUGAAGAGUAAUAGAAUCAUCUGCUGUUGUGUCCUCUGAGUGACUGAAUGAACUUUUACUCCGUCAGUGCAGAGGACGGUGUAUGGCUGUAGGAUUGGGAGCGUACCUAUGACCCGGGUCCUAUGUUCCCCUGUCCUUGUAUGGGACCGGGGAACAUAGGACC